CUCAGCACACUCUCCCGGCCUAACUGGGUCGUUUCAUCUGCAGUAUACAUCACUCUGGAUCCACACACAGCCAACCCGUGGCUCAUCCUUUCAGAGGAUCGGAGACAAGUGCGUCUUGGAAACAUGCAGCAGGAAGUGCCUGAAAAGGAGGAGAGAUUUGAUACUUAUCCCAUGGUCCUGGGUGCCCAGUGCUUUUGCUCUGGAAAGCUUUACUGGGAGGUGGAUGUGACAGGAAAGGAGGCCUGGGACCUGGGGGUUUGUAGAGAGACUGUGCAGAGGAAGGGGCAUUUUGUGCUCAGCCCUGAGAAUGGCUUCUGGACAAUUUGGCUGUGGAACAAACAAAAAUAUGAGGCUGGCACCUAUCCCCAGACUCCCCUUUCCCUUCAGGUGCCUCCACGCCAAAUUGGGAUAUUCCUGGACUAUCAGGCCAGCACUGUCUCCUUCUACAACAUCACUGACCAUGGCUCCCUCAUCUACACUUUCUCUGAAUGUGCCUUUGCUGGACCUCUGCGGCCCUUCUUCAAUGCUGGUUUCAAUGAUAAUGAAAGGAAUGGAUCCCCUCUGACCCUCUGUCCACUGAGGAAUGAAUGGUCUGGAUCCACUGACUGUUGACAACUCUCCCUGGAUACCAACACCCCCUCUGUUGGUAGCCACUGACCCUGCCUCAUGUUCCCAUGAGCUCUGAACCACUUCGUCUCUGCAGAGGUGUCAGGAUGCCAGCAAGCCGACUUUGGCAGGGAGGUCUCUGGAAGUCUGUCUUAUGACCUUCAACAUCAAUAUUCCUGCCCUAGAAUGCUUUAUAACUCCCUCCAUAAAACUACUUAUAUAUGGCCCAAACUCAUCUAGAUCAAACAAAACAUGUUUCUGCCUUCCUUAUGUGCCUCAAGUUUUGUGUCUUCCUCUCCAUCUCCAGGCUUCCACUAAGAUGUCUAUUAUAUAUGUUGCAUAGUUUACAAACGGACUUCUGAAAUAAACUGGGCCUCGUCUAUUCCACUUAAUCCCUGUACACAUGUAUGAUUAUCUCUCUGACAUAUACACAUCUGAUUAUAAGUGGCUCCACACUGCCUACUGAUAAACAGCUAUACUUUUUAAAGGUUGGAUUAUGCAUGCCUCAGACUUCCAUGUUAAAUAUCCAGCCUGUUGUACUCCCCGAUUCCCGCUGUGUUCUCCCAACUACAUCUUGUUGAUAAUGGAGUUGGUUAAAGGGCAUAUCAACUUAAAUAGAAAGUGUAAUAGUUUUUUAAUGUGUCAAUUUAGGCUAUAAUUCCCCUGUUUUUCAAUCAAACACUAACCUAGAUGUGUUAGUGUGAAGCUAUUUUGUAGAUGUCAUUAAAGCCCAAGGUCAUUUGUAUUUAAGGAACUUUGAAUUAGACCCAGCCACCUUAUCCAGGACAAUCAGGAAAGGCCUUCAGAGUAGAACUGAAGCUUCCCAGAAAAAGGACAGGCAUGAGCUGAAGCUGCUCUUCACAGGUAAACAGUUCCAGCCGGGCCUAUGGAUUUAGGACUUGCCUUGUCAGCCCCCACAAUUGUGUGAAUGAACUCCUUCAAUAAAUCUCUUCAUACUUAUCUCCAA